AUGAAAGCCCACAAACCCAACACCGAUCAGGACGCUGAAGUCAUAUUUUGUGUCAACGGCAAGCCCGUGACCGAGUACUCGCUGCCCGAUAAUGGCGCCAACGCUCGCGACGACAUCGUUGAGUGCGUCGUGCCAGUUGAGGUGGGAGAUCGCAUCACCAUCCGAGGCAACUUCAACGGCUCUGUCCUCAACGGCUCCAUCGACCUUCUACUCGAUGGAUCUUUUCUUGCGGAUACCCACAUCGAGGGUUCCGACUUGAGGCUGUUUUCCAACCGCAAGAUCAUCUUCAAGAAGGCACUCACUUGCCCAAUACCGCCAGGAUGGACAAGCAUCGAGUCACCAAAGGACAUGGAACAAGGACCAAUAUACGUCCAGCACCUAGAUCAAGCCAAGUAUGGAGACUACACGCGUUUCGAGCUCGCCAGCCACGAAGGCAUGAUCCCUGGGCUAGGUAGUCUGCAGGUGAUUAUUUAUGUCAACCAGCGAGCAGGGGACUACUAUUACGACAAGUACCAAGACAUCACCGUUGGUCACUGGAGGACGCGUGACAGCCAACUUGUUCGCAAGAGUGGCAUUCUUCCAGAAUACGAGCUGAUGCUCAAGGUGGAGCCAGAACCAGUUACUCAGAAGCGCAGUGCUAGGCACAGACGCCACUGGACGGGAACGCACUUUGGGUCCAUGCCGUGGGCCAAGUUUGUCUUCUACUACCGUAGCAAAGCGGCAAUCAGAAGAGCAGGCUGCAUUGAGCGACCCAGCACGGUCCAAAACCUGGAGCCUGCCAACAAAGCCGCGUUUAUCCACGCUGGAGCAAAGGCAAACGAGACGCAGCAAUCAGAUGAAAUUGAUGAAGAAGAAGACGUCGCAGCCGCUGUGAUCGCCAGUCCAUCCAACGACACAGACUACACACUUCCUGCAGUCGCCAGUCCAUCCAACGACACAGACUACACACUUCCUGCAGUCGCCAGUCCAUCCAACGACAUGGACCAAACGCCUAAGAAGGAGCAUCGCCAGAAGGCUCGGAAGAAAGAAAACAAGCGUCUUGGUGGUCAGCUGUCUUUGCCUCCAAGCAUGCCCAGAUCGCCACAUGUCGGUACAAGCCAGUCUGUCGGACGAAGCCCUGGAGACAACACCAACCCGCAAGAAAAGUCUCUGAGCGAAAUCUUCACUGCAUAUGGAGCAGCGGAGAAGAAUGCAUCACUGAAGUCAAGCCCUGAUGUCUUCACUUCGCCAAAUCAGCCCCUCUCUCGCCCUGCCAGCGCCGUCAAAGCGUCGUCAAAGCGGUCUAUGGGCUUCACUCACUCCAAGACGGAGAAUGCACUGUCACAUGCAUCCGAAACCCGUCACGGACCAACUUCUCCAGCCGCCGCAACCUCACUUCCUCCGCCACCUUUGAAACAGUUCGAGGACUCAGUGCAGCCCGACGUCAAACACGACGACGACAACGGCAACCUCGCAAUUGCAAGCACUGACGUGACCGCCGAUAUGGUUCACUCUGAUGCUUCGCUGGCCGCGACUUUGCGUCGAGUUCCAACUGCAUCAGCAAUCCGCGACCGCAUACCGCCUGAUGGCCUCGAAGACUUCGACUUUCAUAUGAUGUACGUCGAUCUCGGAGCAUUUCGCCACCAUGAGAACGAGGCGAAAGCGGCCUUUGACAGCCGGAAGAACGAGGUGGCGGUUCGAGACCCCGUCUCGGAUCGAUGGUUCAGAAAGGAUGGGUCAGCCUCAGCCUCGAACCAAGGAGAAGAUUCCCCACGCCGCGACUCUGCACUCCGCGACAUCGAAAACAAGCCCGCGGAAGCUCCACCAGAAGGUCCUGAUCUCAAUUCGUGGUUGAAUGGCGUGAGUCGCGGACAGCUCUUCUCACCUCAGCCAGAGCCAGCGGCUGAGCCAGAUGCUGUCAAGAUCAAAGACGAAGAGGUCGACAUCGGUGCCACCCCUGAUACUCCCACUCCUAUCCCAGCCGCGCCAUCUACUCCUCACCAGACCAAGCAACCCGAGAGCGCCAAGCGCACGGCCAGCGAACGCGGUCGGACCUCGCCACCAGGAACGGAUUCGCCAGCCGCGAAGCGCGCGAAGAAGCAAAGCUCGGCUCGAAAGAACGAGUUGCAGCAGCAGGUGGCUGCGAAAGCAGCUAUGAAGGAGGAGAUGACUCGGAAGUUGAAGGCGAAGAACGAGGCCAAGGAGACGAAGCGAGAGGCGAAGCGACAGGAGAAGCGUAGACUUGAAGCAGAGGAGGCAGAGGAGAUCGCCAAGCUCGAGCGUGAGAAUGCCGAGUAUGAUGCAGAGAUCGCUGCGAUGGAGGAGCAGUUGAAGGAGUCUGACGAUGAGGAUGACGAUGAGGAUGAGGGCGAGGAUGCAGACGAAGACGAGGAGUCUGAGGCCGAGUGA